UUCAUGUCACUACAUAUACCUCGUAAGCUACUCGUGAGGGAAUUGAAUUAGAACACCCACGUGCUAGAUUAGAUGAAUUUCGUUUCAUGAACUUGAUGAUCCCGUUAUGUGUUAUGUAUGGUGUAUGUGGUGUGUGUUGUGUGUAUCGUGUGUGAUACGUUAUGUGUGUUGUGUGUCGUGUGUUGCGUUUCGUGCGUUUUUUGUUUCUGUUUUCUGUUUCGUGUUUUUCUUUUAUUUCUUUUCUUUUCUUUUCUUUUGAUUUCAUUUUUUGUCUUUUGAUUCCCCUCUGGCAUGGUUUGGAUGGAUAUUUGGAUUGGAUUGGAUUGGAUUUGGAUUUUGAUCGGCGUCUUUGGAUUUGGAUACUCGGUGGGAAUAUGGGAAAAUAUGGGAAAUACCCGGGAUAUUUGGAUGGGAACAAACAACAUUACGAACAUAAUGAAAUCUAUAUUAUUUCAUAUCAAAAAUUAUCAGGUGUUAUGGGUUGUAAAUAUUUAGAAUAGUCACUUUGGUAUAAAACGCAGUAUAGGUGAAGUGCAGUUCAAUCCGCCGUACUUGAUGUCGAUAUAGUCUAUCCCAUACCCCGUAUAGUACCCCGUAUAUUCUAUUCUAUAUUCUAU